AUGAAUUCUGCAGGUGCUGGCCAAGCCUAUUCCCAUGCAUCUGAGUCUUUCCUGGCUGCAUACAGAUCUCAGAGCAGCCCUGGGGAACACUGGACCACUGACCCUGGUGCCUGCGUUGUGGGUGGCGUGGGGCUCAGGUUCCCCUCUGUGGAAGGCUGGUCUUGGUGGCACUUCCAUUACCUGAGGUGUUUGUGUGAACCUUGGAACCCUCAGCUCUCAGAGACUUCUACUUCGUUUACUUCUGAGAGCAACCAGACGGGACCUGAUCCUUUAAGUGCCACUGCUAUCCCUUGGCUGAUGGAAGACUCUGAUGCAGCCCUAGAAGGGGGGAGGAGGGCCACAACGCAGAGUAAAUCGAAGCCCAUGGCUACUCAGAUAAAGAAGAAGCAGCAAGAUGUGGUGAGAUUUCUGGAAGCCAACAAGAUAGAGUUUGAGGAGGUGGACAUCACAAUGUCGGAAGAACAGAGGCAAUGGAUGUACAAAAACGUACCCCCAGAAAAGAAGCCGGCGCAGGGCAACCCGCUGCCCCCGCAGAUAUUUAACGGCGACCGAUACUGUGGAGAUUAUGACAGUUUUUUUGAAUCAAAGGAAAGCAACACAGUGUUUUCAUUCUUAGGCCUGAAACCACGGUUGGCAUCAAAGGCAGAAUCUUAGAAGAAAUGGAAGAUGAUGGAGAUGCAUUUUGGAGCACCCCUGGUACUCAACACACACCUGCUUACCUAAUGCAUCACUGUGACAAAAGCCACGUGCAUCAUCAGUAUCUUUGCUUGCCACGGAAAAGGUGUUUUUGGAAGAUGUGGGUAUAAUGGGGAUUGCAUGAUUGCUUUAAACCAAAUCAGAACUGUGGUGGAUUUUUUCUCGUUUUUAGAUUUGCCUGCAGUUGCCUCAUAUGAAACUACUCUCACCUGUUACAGGUGUGCUCCCUUAAUGAUGGAAAGAUAAGCGGAUGGCACCAUCAGAGGGAAAAUGUUAGAUCUGUCCUAGAUUAUAGUAGAUGCCAGUAUUGCAUGCAGUCACUUCUCUUUAAGCUGCCUGGACUAUAUCCUUUAAGUUAGUCUGCCAGGCUGUUCGAAUCUUUGGAUCAGAAAUUUUGAAAAGCAGUGCUGUUGACAUAGGGCACUGGAGAUUUUUGCUGCACAAUCCCUAAAGUUACUAUUCAGUGCUUUGUAGUAACACCUUUGAAAAAGUUAGGCAUUCUAGACUCCUUUUGGUAAUGGAAAGAAACAUUCCCUUAUAAAGCCUCAAGCUCCUAUAGAUUAUCCUAAAAAUUAUUGUUGCAACAUUUUGUGAUGAGAACCAAGUUACAGGGAUGAAAGCAAUCACUAUUUUGGAAAAAUACAUAUGCUUCUCUAUCUCUUAUAAGGGGAAAAUUUUACCUAAACACAUUAAGACUACCGGAAAGAUAUAUUUUAAGAGGUGCAUUAAUUAGAUAGUAAAUUUAUAGGAAAAUUAUCUGACUAGUAUCUUAAGGCAUUUUCAAGUCUAGCAAUUUCUUUAUAUGUGAGUGCACAUAUAUUUUUGAAUGCAGCUCCCCAAACUAAUAGCUGCUUAUUCUAUUUUGUGAAGGGAUUAUAUUUUUUUGAGAAAGGAAGAUCUUGGUUAGAUAUAUUUUGUGAACCCAUGAUGAGGCAUAUUAAAAGAUCCCAAUAUUGCUGUAGAAUUUGUUUUCCUAUGUUACUUUUCAUUGUUUCCCUACUUCACUGACAUUUCUGUCCAAUGUACAACUUGGAUUCUCCAGAGUCGUGUAGAUUGAUGGUUUCAUUGCAUGUAUGAGCACAAGUGAGUUUUCAGAGUGACAUAUGUGACAAAGGGGCUGUCCAGAGGAUAACUCUGCAUUGUCCUUGGCAAACACACAACAUGUCUACUUCAUUCGGGCGAAGGCUGCCUUUCUGCACCCAUGUUUCUAUAACAUGGGUGCUUACAUUUGGAGUGUUUGAAGUUGCCAAACAUAAGAACAGCCUUGAACAAGAGACUCUCAGAGUGUUGCUUAAAAUACUCUUCUGUUCCCAGCAUCCUGAUGCUGGGCCUUUCCUUAUGACUCUGAGCAGAGGAUUUAAUAGAAAUGGAAAGAGCCGAAGAAUGAAAGCCCUGUCACCUGUGCCCUCACCCUGCCCCAUGUCUUGGUCAAAGUAGUUCUCAAGAACUGAAGCUAAAAUCCACAACUGCAGCUAGAAGAAAAGCAUGACAGUUCUGCUUCACUCAGACAGAUGUGUGAUCCGUAAUUUUCUCUCCAAGGAAAGCUGUUGUCUAUGUGUAGGUAUUACUGGUUAGUUGACAUUAAACAAGAUCCAGGUCAGAUUCCAUUUGAUGAAUCCCAGGAACUAUCCGGGAUUUUUUGUUUUUCCAACUGGAUAUUAUGUUUGAGCAUGUGAGUCUUUUGUUAAGGUUUAGAAUGUCUUUUUAAGAUACAGCGGUUUACAAUGUUUCGUGUUGUAAUGACCCAGCUUGCAUUUAGUCUUCUCCUGCCAGUGAGUUCUAAGAACCAACUCAGUGAGGUUGAGGCUUUGCAAGUUAAAUUUUGGGAUUUUAGGAUGCAUACCACGCUUGCUAGAUAAAGAAAGUUCCCAGAGUUGUUUGGCUCUUAACUUUUGAGUUAACCAUGGUAAACCUAGAAUGCUGAUUGUAUUAAACAGACUAGGUGAAUGGUGGUGCUAAGCUACUAUCACAGUUCUACACCACGACCCCUCCCUAAUUUGGGGGUGUUUUGGUGUUGAGCAAAGAAACCCAAGAGCCCGGCCUCAGGUGGCACUGUUCUUAUAAUGACCUAGAAGCACAGCGUGGGGCCUUUCCCACAGCACACAGACCUCUUGGGGCACUGAGGUGUUACCCUUUGGGACCUCACUGUGCUCUCAGAAGACUGUGUUCUGACGUGGACUCAUUUACUAGCUGAAUUCCAAAUACGUACUAGCGGUUUCCUUGCUCCCUCCUCUAACUAGCAGCCUGUAGACUUUGAUGAUCCCGGUCUUAAAAACCUAGGAAAUAAACAGAUGGGGAUUGCAGCGUAGAUGUAAUUUCAAGGGCAUUUUAAGACAUAACUUUUUAAUUUCCUGUAGUAGGUUUGUUUAGGAAAAGCAAACGUGCUGCUAAAAAUCAAGUUAUGCCAUUUGAAAGGUAAACACAUAGGGCCAUUUGGCUGGGCGUGGAGGCCAGAAAAUACUUGUUUUUCCAAAUUCUGGUGUUUUGUUAAAGUCAAGCGGGGAAAAGGAAGAGUUUUUUCCCACUCAGACUCUAAUAUAUUGUAGAUUAUUUUCUGUUUUAUAGGUUUUAAUUCAACACUCCUACAUAGCUAGUUUUUAUAUUAUGUGAAUUUAAUAAUGAACUAAACUUAUUCUCGGCUUCUGUUAUUGAAAGGUACCAAAGCCUCUUUCUGUUCUGUUCUGUUUGUUUGAUUUUACUAUGGAGUUUUGCCUUUUUCUAGAAAUACUUUUCAUUUGACAGCCUUUCUUACAUGUUGGGGUCCACUUGGAUCUGCAUAGUUACUGUUUUUUGAUUUCAAUUUGUAUGUGUUUGUCUCUAAGGGCAUUGGUGAAAUCUCAGAUUUUGUAUUCAGCAUUAAAGGGGAAUAAAUAUCAGAAAACACA